AUGUCAUCUAGGGGUAUCGUCUAUGAUCCUCAGUUCAAACCUGUUCAGGGGAUUUACGAAAAUAGAUUAAGACAAUUUAUUGAUACAGGCGGAGAUUACCAUGAUUUGAAUUUGACCAAGUUUUACGACAAGAAACGUAUUUCGUUAGAUCAUGACCAUGUCAAAGUUUGGUGGUACCAGGUUCCCUUUGAACGUGGUUCUUCUCCCGUCUCUCCCGAUAAAAGACCGUCUUGGAAGUCUAUCAUUGAACGUGAUCAGAAGGGUGAAUUGGAAUUUAGAGAGGCUAACAAAAAUCAGCCUUUCGGGCCCAGUUGGUCUACAACGUGGUUCAAAGUAAAAAUUUCCCUACCUGAAGACUGGGCUAAAUCUGAUGAGCAAUUACUCUUUGAAUGGGACUGCUCCAACGAAGGAAUUGUCAUAGACCCAACCACUUUGAUUCCCGUGACUGCUUUCUCAGGUAGUGAGAGGACCGAAUACGUUUUACCGAAGUCAUCGGAUGGGAAACAUUUUUUUUACAUCGAAGCUGGUAAUAAUGGUAUGUUUGGUUGCGGCGCAGGAUCUACUAUAAAUCCGCCAGAUGAUAAUAGAUUCUUCCACUUGAGGAAGGCGGAUCUUGUGUGGCCCGACCUGGAUGCUCGUGGGCUGUACAUUGAUUUUUGGAUGCUGGGAGAUGCUGCGAGAGAGUUGCCUGGAGACUCUUGGCAAAAACACCAAGCGAGACAGCUAGGUAACGCCGUUAUGAAUAUUUUUGACCCCAAUGACCGCUCAAGCGUUCGUAAAUGUCGUGACUUACUUCAAAAGGAGUAUUUUGAUCCACUUUCAGAAAGCAGUAAAGUUUAUGAACAAGGGGACUCUCAAGUUUUGACAAAUGUUUAUGGUAUUGGUAAUUGCCAUAUAGAUACGGCCUGGUUAUGGCCCUUCGCGGAGACAAGAAGAAAAAUCGUGAGGUCUUGGUCUUCUCAAUGUACUUUAAUGGAUCGUUUCCCCGAGUACAAAUUUGUUGCUUCACAAGCUCAACAAUUCAAGUGGCUAUUAGAAGAUCAUCCUGAGUUCUUCAAUAAAGUACUGAUUCCUAAAAUUCAACAAUCCCAAUUUUUUGCUGUUGGGGGUACAUGGGUUGAAAACGACACUAAUAUUCCCUCCGGAGAAUCGUUGGCUAGGCAGUUCUUUUUCGGACAAAGAUUUUUCUUAAAGCACUUUGGUAUCAAAUCAAAAGUUUUCUGGUUACCUGAUACGUUUGGAUAUUCUUCACAAAUGCCACAGCUUUGCCGCUUAUCAGGAAUUGAUAAAUUUUUGACUCAAAAACUUUCUUGGAAUAAUAUCAACAGUUUCCCACAUAGUACCUUCAACUGGGCAGGAAUUGAUGGCUCUCAACUACUGACACACAUGCCUCCUGGUAAUACCUAUACAGCCAGCUCCCACUUUGGUGACGUUUUGCGUACCGCUAAGCAGAAUAAGACACCCGAAUAUUACGGUUCCGGUUUAAUGUUAUACGGGAUCGGUGACGGUGGCGGUGGACCAACUGAGGAGAUGCUGCAGAAGAUGAGACGUAUUAGAUCUAUGAGUAACAAAAAUGGCAAUGUUAUUCCAAAACUACAAGUCGGCAUCACUGUUGAUGAGUUUUAUGAUGACAUUUUGAAAAGAACGAAUCAAGGGCAUGACCUCCCCACUUGGAGUGGCGAGUUGUAUUUCGAAUUCCAUAGAGGGACAUAUACCAGUCAAGCCCAGACCAAAAAGUUUAUGAGACUAUCUGAAAUCAAACUACAUGAUCUAGAGUGGAUAGCGGCCAAGACCUCUGUUCUAUAUCCCGACUCGUAUGAGUACCCAGCUAAGGACAUUAAUAGUCUAUGGGAAAAUGUCCUAUUGUGUCAAUUUCACGAUGUUCUACCCGGUUCUUGUAUCGAAAUGGUUUAUAAAUAUGAGGCCAUCCCUAUGCUGCAUAACGUUGUCAAGCAGUCUACCUCAAUGAUAGAAAAGACAAUCCAAUUUCUUCAAAGUCAGAGUAAAGCUGAUCUUGUUGAGAUGGGAACGCUAACCUGGUCAAAACCCGAAACGGUUUCUGAGCAGAACUCUCUAGAUGGUAGUUAUACUUCCUCAGUGACAGGAUACGAUGACUACAUAGUUCUUGCUAAUGGGAAAUUGAAAGCUAUUAUUUGCAAAAAAACAGGUGUGAUAACGAGUAUUACGGAUGAAACUUUAGGAGUGGAAUAUUUGGAUACGGAGAACGGAAGGAACAAACUGGGUGCUAACCAGUUUGUUAUCUUUGACGACAAACCUUUGGGCUGGCAAGCUUGGGAUACAGAACUUUAUUCCGUAAACCAGUAUGAGUAUAUUACUAAGCCAAAGAAAGUUCAGGUUGCCUGCAAUACCAAAGAGACAUGCGCUGUUGAGGUCAUUUUCCAAGUUUCUGAAAAAUGCAAAAUCAGAUCAGUAAUAUCACUUAAUGCAACCACGUCUAGCGAUGCCAACUUGAGUAAAAUCGAUAUUACUACUACCGUAGAGAACUGGGAUGCCAGAAACAAAUUUUUAAAAGUUGAAUUCCCCGUCAACGUUCGUAAUGAAUUCGCAUCAUAUGAAACUCAAUUUGGGAUUACAAAAAGACCAACGCAUUACAACACAUCAUGGGAUGUCGCGAAGUUUGAAGUUUGCCAUCAUAAAUUUGCUGAUUAUUCUGAAUAUAGCAAAGGUGUUUCAAUUUUAAACAAUUGCAAAUACGGGUUUUCCACACACGGUAACUUGAUGAGACUAUCGUUGUUAAGAUCUCCAAAAGCUCCAGAUGAACAUGCCGAUAUGGGAACACACGAGAUAAAAUAUGCUAUCUAUGCACAUAGAGGGGCGUUAUCCAGUGACACCGUCAAGCUAGCUCACGAAUUCAAUUACAAUUUCAAAUACAAGCUCCCCAAAGACAUUGGCCAGAGUUUUGAUGACAUCGUAAGCAUCUCCGGCGAUGAGAACGUUAUCUUGUCCAACAUAAAGAGGGGAGAAGAAGAUCGUGCCAUCAGAUCUAAUUAUUCUAUAAAGCCAAAGGAUGAACAAAGCAUUGUGGUAAGAGUUUACGAAUCUCUUGGAGGGGAAUCCUUUGCUUCAUUGAAUACCACGCUAAAUUUGAAGCGUAUUGAAAAAGUCGAUAAUUUGGAAAUGCAAGUCUAUAAGAAUUUGACGGCAACACGAGAUGAAUCGAAUCAUACAAUUAAUAGGAUUCCCAUAAAAUUAAGGCCUUUUGAAAUUGCUUCGUUCAAAUUAUACUUCUAG